GGGGUAAUCAGCCACACUGACAUUCGGACGACGCCACACACGUUAAGCUGUCAGCACUGGCGAUACGUAGGUACGUAUCAUUUCAGCUAUCUCCCGUGCUGAUUGCUGCUAUCUCAAUUGGUUCGGCCGGAUCAUCUGCUCUACCGAUUAGCACGGGUUUUCCCGGGCAGCCGGUCCCCGUGGCUAUUCGUGGCUCGUGCUGCAGACCCGGUUGUCUCGCAGAGAGCUCGGUUCAAGUUUUGCUGUGUGUCUCUUUCCAGUACAGCCCGACCCUUCUUUUUCGGAAAGUGACGUGAAUUGCUUGCAGCAGCUGUCUUCUUUUUUCCUCACGAUAGCCGCAUCCUCCUCUCCUCCAACGAAACCUGCCCUUCUCGGAUUUAACCUCCCCCCUUCUCUGUAAUUGGCGCCGCUAUUGUUGAGGCUGCGCUCUUUCUCGUAACAAACUACCAAACCAACACACAUAACCGCCAAGAUGCAGUCCCUGAGACAGAUGCGGCCAGCAGGCAAGCUGCUCAACCAGGCCGCGAAGCGCGCAUACAGCGUCUCCCAGGCCGGCCCUUAUUCCAAGACCAUCGACAACCUGCGCAUCAACUCUGAGACCAAGGUCCUUUUCCAGGGCUUCACUGGCAAGCAGGGAACCUUCCACGCGCAACAGGCCAUCGACUACGGCACUAAGGUUGUCGGUGGAACGAACCCCAAGAAGGCCGGUCAGGAGCACUUGGGUCUCCCCGUCUUCGCCAACGUCGGCGAGGCUGUCAAGGAGACCGGCGCCGAUGCUACCGCCAUCUUCGUCCCCCCCCCUCUGGCCGCCGCCGGUAUCGAGGAGGCCAUCGCCGCCGAGGUCCCUCUCGUUGUCUGCAUCACUGAGGGUAUUCCCCAGCAUGACAUGGUCCGCAUUACCAACAUGCUGAAGACGCAAUCCAAGACCCGUCUCGUCGGCCCCAACUGCCCCGGAAUCAUCGCUCCCGGCCAAUGCAAGAUCGGUAUCAUGCCCGGCUUCAUCCACAAGCGCGGCCGCAUCGGCAUCGUCUCCCGCUCCGGCACCCUCACCUACGAGGCCGUCAACCAGACCACCCAGGCCGGCCUCGGCCAGUCCCUCGUCGUCGGUAUCGGCGGUGACCCCUUCAGCGGCACCAACUUCAUCGACUGCCUCAACGUCUUCCUCAAGGACGAGGAGACGGACGGCAUCAUCAUGAUCGGCGAGAUUGGUGGUUCCGCCGAGGAGGACGCCGCCGACUUCCUCCGCGCCAACAACACCGUCAACGGUGGCAAGCCCGUCGUCUCCUUCAUUGCCGGUAUCUCCGCUCCUCCCGGCCGCCGCAUGGGUCACGCCGGUGCCAUCGUCUCCGGCGGCAAGGGUGGUGCCGACUCCAAGAUCUCGGCCCUCAAGUCCGCUGGCGUCAUCGUCGAGCCCUCCCCUGCCGGCCUCGGCAAGGCCCUGUACGACGAGUUCGUCCGCCGCGACCUCUUGUAAAUCCCCGUCUCUCUCUCUCUCUCUCCCUCCCGGAAUACUCCGGCCCCCGCGUGUAAUGUGCGCGCAUGAAGAGGAGGAUUCAGCUGUGUAUGUAACAUGUUAAACAAAGAAACAUCGUGUGUGUGUGUGUUUGUGUGCUGAAAGCGUCGUCGCCGCCGCCGCUGCCGCCGCCGGAGGAAAUCCGGGGCCAAUAUGUUUUCUCGGCAUGGGAGGAUCAACGAGGCGGUUUUCCACCUUUUUGCAUCGUGCGAGUUGCGUUGUGUUGUUUUUGAAACAUCUUGGGCCCCAAUCAACAGCUUGAUAUAGACUUGAAAGGGUUUUUUUUUUUUGGGCGCCAGGAGAGGCGUACAGAGGUGGGGGAAUCUCUCUUACCUUGAAUUGAAAGAAGAGAAAAUAAACAGAAAUCCACCGUCAUUCC